UUUGGUAGAAUAAGCGACGCCUUCCAGACGCCAGUACGGUGCCGGUCGUCAUCGAGAAGAGUCCUUUGUAUUCGCCUUUCACGUCGCCUUUAAAACAACUUCAACAUGGUUCGCUGGCUGCCCCUGGAAUCCAACCCCGCGGUGAUGAACAAGUUCAUGACCGGGCUGGGCGUCCCCGGGGCGUGGGCGUGCACCGACGUCUACGGGCUGGACGAGGAGCUGCUGGCCAUGGUGCCGCAGCCCGUGCUCUCGCUCAUCCUCCUGCACCCCAUCAACGACAAGGAGGAGGAGUUUAAGGCCCAGGAGGAGGAGAAGAUCAACGCCGACGGCCAGGAGGUCUCCGAGAACCUGUACUUCAUGAAGCAGUGCGUCGGGAACGCGUGCGGCACCGUGGCUCUCAUCCACGCCAUCGCCAACAACCAGGGGAAGAUCGAGCUUGAGGACGGCCCCCUGAAGGAGUUCCUGGAGAAGACCAAGGACAUGGGCCCCGACGAGAAGGGCACGGCGCUCGAGAACGACGAGGGCAUCUCCAAGGCGCACGAGGAGUCGGCGCAGGAGGGGCAGACGGAGGCUCCCGACCGCGACACCAAGCUAGACAUGCAUUUCGUCGCCUUUGUGGAAGUUGACGGUAACCUCUAUGAAUUAGAUGGCCGUAAGAAGUUCCCCAUUAAUCAUGGCUCCACUUCAGCAGACACACUCCUAAAGGACGCCGCCAGCGCCUGCCGCAAGUUCAUCGAGCGAGACCCCGAGGAGGCCCGCUUCGCCCUCGUCGCCCUCGCCUCCGCGGCCGAGUAGAAGGGACGGGAGCCGAUGCGCAACUUUUUUUUCGGUCUCUCUCUUUCUCUCCCCGAAAUUUCUGCCUCCUAGACGAUCGAAGAAAGAAACACCUUUUUGGUUAAUUUAAUCUAUUGAGAUUUUUAUUUAUAAUUGUUUGUGUUGAAUCCUGAUGGGCUUUCACUUUCACGAUUUUGUAUGAUCUUCGAAUACACAGUACCACCACCAGCCAUUAUUUUUUUCUUUAGUUUUGGAAAAGGGGCGAAGGGAUACGGGGAGGAGAGGGGAGAGGGAGCCUUCUAAUCUCAAUGAGCCACAGUUAUUGCAGUCAGUUCUAAACAUGCUAGUCAAGUAGUAGAAAAGCUGGAAAGAUAUUUUGGCGAGUGGGGAGGGGGCGGGGAAGUAGUGGACAAACUAAAACCAUUUAUUUUCUCCCUCUUUUGUCAUUUGUUUUGUCAACAAACACACUUUUUUGUACACCAAUAAAGAAUGGUCACAUCUAUUCAAUUACUUCAACCUCUUUUUUAUACUGAUUAUCUUUUUUGACAAUACGAGAGUGCACAGAGUAGCAUAUCUAUUUUUUAGGAAAUGAGCUCGGACGGGUAACGGCUUCAAGAGAGCAAUGCGUUUUACCCUCCCUCCUUUGCUCUGGAAAUGAGGCUAGAUUUGGUGCCUGUCACUGUGAUAAGAAUUUAUGUUGCAGACUGCUGCUUGGCUGUGCGUUCCUUCUGUAUGUGUUUAGCUGUAAGAUAUAUCUGUAUCGCAGGAGUUUUCACUGUUUAAAAAAUUUCGUGCAUAAUCCUAACCCCCUCAAAAGAAAGACCAAGAUUAUUUUUGGUCAAUAUUUUUUUCCUCCUUUGGCACUUCUUGAAGAGAAAAAACGUAAAAAAAAAUAUCCAUCUCAAAUAAGGUUUUUCUUGAACCACACACAGCAACAUAUCAGUCAAGUACCUUGUGCUCAUUUAUGUUGGAAAUAAGAGUAGCCAAUGGUGUAAACAUGUAAACAUUCCUUAAGAUGAGUUUAAGAAAAAUAGACAAACUCGUUAUGUUAUUCAUAUACAUAUGCAGUAGCUGUGAGCGAUCAAAGAAAAUUAUACAUAAAUGUAUGUUUGUUCUUAAGUGAAACACCAGGCAUUAGCACUUUUGCGAGGGGAACUUUUAUGACGAUUCGGGAAGCCAGUGUCAUUAAGAUUACCACCAUCCACACGUGUUUUUUUAAAGAUUUUUAAGAAAGGUGUAUAUUUUUCCGAUUUUUCAAAAAUAUUACAUGGAUUUUUGAGUCUUUUCCUCCUGCCUAAUUAUAGGAAAUGUUUACUGUUGUAUGGGAGCAAGCAAAUAACUUAAGUGUACCAGACUUUUUCCCCCCAAAUGCGGUUUACGGCAGAUCUGCAUCUCGACCCAUUAAAUGGAAAUAAUCUUUUGUGUUGGAUUCCAACAAAUGACACGUUGAAAAUUCGUUUUUUCCUGAAAUUACUCCCAUUUUCUUGUGUUCAUUUAAAUUGUUCUCUUGUACAGAGUGUGAAGUCUGUAAAUGUUUUUCCUUCGCCGCAACUAUCAGAAUUAGCACAUACAUGUGAUGGUGCCUUUGUUCUGUUCCUGUGAACUGGUCUCGAUUCCGCAUGACGUCACAUCCACGGCAAGUUACUACUAGCAGAAAAAAAUGCAUCUUUUGAGUAUAUUUGUGUGCACAUGGCAGCAAUAUUACUGUGUUGUGCUCGGCUUGUAAUUUCAAGCUUGAAUUAAAAAUAACUGGAGAUCCAA